AUGUCCUACAACAAUAGCGGCCUCAACUUUCAUAACAGAUACUACCACUUCUCCAACGAUUCUCGUAACGGAAUUCAAGGGCAACUAACAAAUGCGAUUCCCUUUCCAUCAAUUGCCUCUGGCUCAGCGCAGGUCGCAGAGCCACAAAUUCCCAACCAGUCUCAGGACGGGCAGUGGAAUGCGCACCAAUUGCAGGCGACACAGUCUUACUCGUCGUCUACAACAGCAAUGAGCAAAGGUGCGGCUGCUCACCCACAAAGUGAUUCGGAGGAUGACCACCGCGGAAAGCGACCCAGGCUUGACGGCCUUGUCAGCACCAGUGAUCGAUUUCUCAACGAGACCAUAGCCUCGUAUCAGUAUGAUAAACCCGUUAAAACCCGGGGGGAAAAUCCCUCCCGUGCCAUGAAGGACCCGGGUAGUUUCCGAGGGACGAAGAUGCCCUGCACAUGGAAUGCAGCGGACCCCACCCACGCUCCCUGUGAGUUUGAGGACAUCCCUGGAACAAUGUGGAAACACAUUAUGACAGAGCACUACGACACCCUUCGUUUCGUGACUGACGACGGUCGAGAGUUCACACUACUCCCUCACGAGAAGCCAACACAAUUCAUGAACAUCAUUUGUCUCAUUGCCCACCCGGCCAAAAAGGACGAUGCUGGACUACCUUUAGUUUGUGGCUUGGCGCGGAAGAUGAAGACGAUGGGAUUAACGACCGAACAGGGACACGUUACAGGGCAGCACCUGAUUCCUUGGUUGAAAGGUGCAGAGGCGCUCAGAGAAGCUGAAGCUAGUAAGGGGGAACCAACCCCCGGGGGUUCGAAGCUAUUGGAAGAACUCCCUCCCACACUGGCACUAUCCAAUGCGCCAACUUCUCUGCCACUCCCCGAUGUGCAAGACCCGUCUCCGUCCACUAAUUUCACGCCGUCACCGACGUUCUCGGACUGGAAGACUGUCGAUCAUUCCCGAGAAGUUUACGCGGUCAACAAUGUCUUGUCCCUACCUGUUGAGAACUCCGGUUCCUUCGGUUCUCCCGUCAACCCUCGAUCUACCGCCGUUGCUCCCCUCCCGGUUGAAGCUGGAGAAGUUGAGGGAAAGUGUAGUCAGGAGAAAGACGAUGCCAUGCUUCAGUCAUGGGCUGGUGAGACCGCCGAUUGCCCGGUUGAUUUUGAUCUCGAGAGUUAUUUUAAUUCCACUUGGCAAGGGGAGGAUAAGAUCACCGGUGAUGCGAAGCUCCGGGCGGGUGUUGUUGGCACUGACUCUCCUCCCGCAGUGAAUGCUUUUUCUAACGCUGCAACCUGUUCCGAGGAUUCUGAGUUUGCCUGGGACAAUGCCAGCGUCGAAGGAUUUGGAUUUGUUCCUUUUGGUGCACGUCGCGUCGGAUCCCCGGCUGCAGAAGCCAUCCCCACUUGCGUGAAACCUUCCGUGUUGGAUCCCUCAGGAUUGCUGUUUGGUGUGAGUACCAGUACUGACAGCGUUGGUGAGAAAAGAGGUGCCGAGGUUGAAGAGCCUAAAAAGAAGUUGAAGGCCAUCAAAAAUACUUCCAGGAAGCGAAAGAGAGACUGA